UAAGCUUUCCUAGGGGUGGGGUCAGGAGCCAGCUUUUCAUUGGUCGUAAUUUGGCCCCAGAGAAGUCCAAUGAAAUCUGGAAUUCAGAGUCUUUGUUAGGUAGGCUUGUACUGAAAACGGAAGUUUCGUGUAUGGGCCAAUGGGAAUGCGAAGCAUUUUGAGGCCUAAUUUACAUAAGGUGGUUAUAAAAGGCUCAAGUCAUCCGGGAUCCAGCUUGCUUUCCCACUUACUAGGCAACCUUCCUGUGUUUAUUUUCAAUCAUGCCUGAGCCGGCUAAAUCUGCCCCGGCUCCCAAGAAGGGCUCCAAGAAGACUGCCAGCAAGGCGCAAAAGAAAGACGGCAAGAAGCGCAAACGCAGCCGCAAGGAGAGCUACUCCAUCUACGUGUACAAGGUGCUGAAGCAGGUGCACCCGGACACGGGCAUCUCGUCCAAGGCCAUGGGCAUCAUGAAUUCAUUUGUUAAUGACAUCUUCGAGCGCAUCGCAGGCGAGGCGUCGCGCCUGGCGCAUUACAACAAGCGCUCGACCAUCACGUCACGGGAGAUCCAGACGGCCGUGCGCCUGCUGCUGCCCGGGGAGCUGGCCAAGCACGCCGUGUCCGAGGGCACCAAGGCCGUCACCAAGUACACCAGCUCCAAGUAGAAGCCCUCCUGGAUGAGGCGCUCGCUGGCUCUUUUGCUUUCUAAAGUCUCUUGCAAGAGCCACCCGCUUCAAUCAGGAAAGCUUUGUCCACUUGCACUAGUUUCUAGUUCCUAUCCCAAAGUUACUUUAAGGGUCUUGGAGAAGGUGCACUUCAGUUGUAAGCAUUUGUAGUUUUGAGGUUCCCUGAGCUGGUUUGCAGUUGGCUGUAGAGCUCCUAGCACCCCGUUUAGCUUCUUGGAGUUUUAAACUAGGUCAAUGGAGGUCGGCCUCUGGGCGGGUUUCUUCCGUGUUCUACACUGUGGUGUUCGGGCGCUUUAUUGAUGGACCUAAAGUGAGAUGAUUUGAUUGCUUUGGCGGUUAGAGGGCUCCAGGACACACCUAAACCUGUGUGGACGAAUGCUGUGUACCAGUCAUCUACAACUGAAGUCCUGGGUACGGGCGGUUUCCUGUGCUUAGGGCGGUGUCCUCGCCUUUAACAGAUUUACCAUCACGAACGUUCCGCGUUGCUGCGGAUUUGGUAGAAGUCUGUUGGGGUUCUGCCUCAGGCUUUAGAAUCCCUGUUCGUGGCUUGUGAUUUUACCCCCCAUUUAAUACUUUGCGUUAACCUCUGCGGUGGCAGGUUCCCGCAGAGACUGCUCAUUUUUUGCUCUGGACUCAUGACGCGAUCUUUCUAAUUAACCCACUCGAGGAGUAGCAUUUUCCUUCCUGCCUCCACCGUCUGAAGUUGUUUGCUUUCUUGUUUACGCUGUCUCUGGUGAAGUUGGCCUGAUGUUCUCAUACCUCCAGAGCCCACAAAUGUCUGACACAGCCCAGACGCUCAAGUACUUAUUAUUGAAUUAAUUUUUUUUUUUUUUUUUUGGUUUUUCAAACAGGGUUUCUCUGUGUAGCUUUGCGCCUUUCCUGGAACUCGCUUUGGAGACCAGGCUGGCCUCGAACUCACAGAGAUCCGCCUGGCUCUGCCUCCCGAGUGCUGGGAUUAAAGGCGUGCGCCACCACCGCCCGGCUUGAAUUAAUUUUUAUAUCACUGCUUUUGUAAUUGCUUCCGUGGCCGGGGGGCGCGGGGCUUGUCUGUUUGAUGUACGUGAAGACACGGUGGAACAGAAACGUUUUGAGGAUUCUUUCUCCAAAUCCGUCCUUAGUUCAAGUUAAUGCGAGGGCUGUUCUUGGUUGUCAACUUGACUACGUCUGGAAAUAACUAAAAAGUGACAGAUAGUACACCUGUGAGAGAUUUUUUCUUAAUUAAAUAAUUUGAAGUGAGAAGAAGCACUUUUAAUCUGGAUCUUUUGAGGUGGGAAGAUCCACCUUUAAUCUGGCCACACCUUCUGCUGGCAGCCUAGAUAAAGGACAUGAAAGAAGGAAGCUUGCUCUCCAUGGCAAGUCUGUUCCUUCACUGGUGUUAGAGCCUACUUCUGGAUUCUGGCAGACACUGAAGACCAGCUGAGGUAUCCAGCGUUGUGGACUCAACAACUACUGGAUUUAUGGACCUUCUCUUGGUAGUCAGCCAUUGUUUGUGGGACUAGCUGGACCCCAGCUUAGGGUUCUGCAAGAUAGGCCACAGAGUUAACAGUGGAGUUAACAGAAGCUAAGUGGUUGGUCCAGGGCCACGAAGUUAACAGAAGCUGAGUGGCUGGUCCAGGGCCAUGCGUGGCACUAUCCACUUUUGUCUCCCUGGCUGAAGACAACUGCCUUGGUUCUCUUUUGUGGAGUGUAGCAUACUGACUUUUUCCUUCAAAGUCUUGAUUUUGCUGGUGAAGGCACUUGAUGGUCUGAUCACUUUCCCGAUGCUGUUUUAGGCUAACGAUUUCUGGAGCUGAUUACAGGAGCUUUGUGAAUCCAAAAUGAGUAAUGAAAACAUUUUCAAGUUAUUAUUAAUCAAGUUACCACUUAGUUUCAUAUCUUUGCUGGAUUGUUUCAUGUGCAAUUCAUUUUCUCAAAAAAUAAAAUGAGCAGAUAUAACCA